GUAUCUCUAACCAGGGGAAUUUGAUAAGGUAGUUGAAGGGUGAUUUUACCUUUGCUCUCUCACUGCAGUUGAAAGCAUUCGUAGCUUUUAGGUGGAGCCCACUGUCUGUCGACCUUGGUGAGGCGUUUUCAAGAGCAUACAGUCAUCUUUUUCAUUAUCAAAAGAAGAUGCUGUUUAAUUUGAGGACCCUGUUGAACAAGGCAGCUCUUAGAAAUGGUCACAAUUUCGUGGUUCGAAAUUUUCGAUGUGAACAGCCACUACAAAAUAAAGUACAGCUGAAGGGUCGUGACCUCCUCACUCUAAAGGACUUUACAGGAGAAGAAAUUAAGUAUAUGUUAUGGCUAUCGGCAGAUCUAAAAUUGAGGAUAAAACAUAAUGGAGAGUAUUUGCCUUUAUUACAAGGGAAGUCCUUAGGCAUGAUUUUUGAAAAAAGAAGUACUCGAACAAGACUGUCCACAGAAACGGGCUUUGCACUUCUGGGAGGACACCCUUGUUUUCUUACCACGCAAGAUAUUCAUUUGGGUGUGAAUGAAAGUCUCACGGACACAGCUCGCGUGUUGUCAAGCAUGACAGAUGCAGUGCUGGCUCGAGUGUAUAAACAAUCAGAUCUGGAUAUCCUGGCUAAAGAAGCAUCCAUCCCAAUCAUCAAUGGGCUGUCCGAUUUGUACCAUCCUAUCCAGAUCCUGGCUGAUUACCUCACACUCCAGGAACACUAUGGCUCUCUGAAAGGCCUUACCCUCAGCUGGAUUGGGGAUGGGAACAACAUUUUGCAUUCUAUCAUGAUGAGUGCCGCAAAAUUUGGGAUGCACCUUCAGGCGGCUACUCCAAAGGGUUAUGAGCCGGAUCCCAGUGUAACCAAGCUGGCAGAGCAGUAUGCCAAGGAGAACGGCACCAAGAUGUCGCUGACGCAUGAUCCUUUGGAAGCGGCUCGUGGAGGCAACGUGUUAAUUACAGACACUUGGAUAAGCAUGGGACAAGAAGAGGAGAAGAAAAAGCGGCUCCAGGCUUUCCAAGGUUACCAGGUUACAAUGAAGACUGCUAAAGUUGCUGCCUCUGACUGGACAUUUUUACACUGCUUGCCCAGAAAGCCAGAAGAAGUGGAUGAUGAAGUGUUUUAUUCUCCACGAUCACUAGUAUUCCCAGAGGCUGAAAACAGGAAGUGGACAAUCAUGGCUGUCAUGGUGUCCCUGCUGACAGAUUAUUCACCUCAGCUCCAGAAACCAAAGUUUUGAUGCAGUGACGUUUGUCAAAAGAGAAGCAACGUUCUUCAGUGACCAAAUGAGUCAGUUUAUAUGGAGGAAGGAGAAGAGAAUCUAAGAAAUAAACAAAUCCUGAUUCACAGUAUAGGUGAAUGAUAUGAUAUUGCUCUGCCGUCGUGAAACCUUCCUGAAGGCCUUAAUUUAAGGGCCAGUGCACUAUAAUACAUGGAUUGACUUGGUUUAAACUCUCUAAUUCACAAUUUCUGAGUUACAUUGAGUAUCAUGUUAAUAGUCAUAUACAUUUGCUUCAACUAAAUAUAAAAUACUAUGUUCAUAAUGCAUAAUGUCUAAGCCAUUAAAUGUAAUCUAUGCUUAUUACCUUAAUAAAUUAUCACCCAUGCUAAUUUAUAAGUAAACAUUUACCAGGCAGUCAGCCGCUGGUAGAUCUGUGGGCUGUGUUUAUAUCCCUCAGGACCAACAAGGAAGCCAAAUGAUCGAUCUUGCCGAUGUAGUACAAUUUUCAGGCAAAUGAAGUAGACAGACAUUCACUUAUGGAGGCAAAUGAUGAAAUUCUCAGAAAACAGUGAUAACAGCGCCCAAACUCUGGAGUUUUUUCCAGGCAUUUGUAGGAAGGAGGAUUUCUCAAGAGAACACAUUUCUUCUCUGUAACAAAUACUUAAUGUCAAAAGUCUGAAGAAGCCUUUGUGAACAAGUGGUAAAACCAUGGAAACCUAGCUAGGAACAUAAGAUCCAUUAGAGAGUGAUAUUUUCGUAGGUUCAAAUUCCCCAGCAGGAGCGAUUUAAUUUUUUCAUGUUUCUGCUUAUCAUGCAUCUACUCCCACCAUACACUGGAUAGGUCUAUAAACCCACUGCUUGCCACAUCUUAGUCCAUUCUUUUCUCCCCAAUUUCUGUUCUAGAUGAUAAAAAUUUGCAUCGCUGGAUUAUCAUGAUGUAAUUAAAGCUACACGCUUUUGUGGGUGACCCGAAUAUGUAUUGUCCAAUUAUUAUGAUACAAAUGGAAAAUUUUUACUUAAAAUGCUAAACAAUGUAAAUGGAACUGUAAGAAAAUAAUGUAUUUUGCAGAAGACGAAAAAAAAAAAAAAGUAACUAUCUUUACAUUCCACCUCCACUAUUAGAAGAAUGCUUCCAGGCUGGUUGACAGAUACUCUUCAGCAGAGAGCUAUGACUUAAAUGAGUAAGAGAUGAAUUACAAAUUAGGUUUGCAAUGAAGAUGCAAUAAAACAUUUUCAGGGGGAAAAAGCCUGGUAAUGUUACAAGGGAAAAAUCAAAUUUUCUAAUAAACGUCAAGGUUGA